AACCCGGGAGCGGUCGCGUCGUGUACUGAGUACACGCACCAUGAAAAAUACACGCUUUUGGUACAUAGCGAGAGCGUGGCGUCGUUGCAGGUAGUCAAAGACGCGACUGCUCGAGGGUUAACUGUUAUGAACUCUCGUACCUACACAGACGACACGAUACAGCUAGACUCGUCCAUUCGUCAUUCAUCGCAUCGUCGUAGCAUUGGCAUUGGUCGGAUUGGGGGACACACCUGGGCAAGUGGAAAAAAGUUUGGAAACUUCGGAGCUACCGCGACGAAUCUACCCGGUUCGCUGAUGGUAGCUAGCAACCGUCAGUAUUCGACGGGAGUUCAACGUGACCGUAAGCUCAGCUGAGAACAAUGGGGUGGAAUUGUGUGGCGGUGCUUGCACUGCUAGUGGUGCUGGUGGAGUUCUACGAAACCGGCGCAGAAGAUCCGAUGGCCAGUGUGAUGGUGAACCCGCGGAAAGUGAUCAACCACAUUGCCAGGGAAUUUGUGUGUUUUUCGGCGAAACCGCGCAGUGUGUUUGAGGAUUCGCUGAAUCCGGUCAGUGAGACGACCUUCCAGAUGGCGAAGAAGUUGAGUCCGAUGUACAUGAAGGUUUACGGCGAUUCGAGCCAGUUGGAGCUGCAGAUGGAUGGGUUCGUGGUGAAAGAGGACGAUUCGGAGCUGGUGCAGAUUACGCCGAAUGGGUGGCGAGCGUUUGACAGGUGGGCGCAGGAAGCUGGGCUGGUACCGGUGUUCGUGUUGGACUACGGUGAACACAGCUGGAAGCCGAGAAAUGCGCUGAAAGUGUUGACGGUGGCGAAUAAGCUGGGGAUUACGAACUGCUUGUGGCAGUUGGGAGUUGGUAAGGAAGUUUGGUGUACUCAGAGCAGAGGGGCUGUUCUUAACAAGAAGUUUUUUUUAGGAAACAUCACAAAUGCUGUGAAGUACAUCGAAGAUCUUCGGGCGUUCAGGGCAAUUACCAAGGCGUUCAAGUAUAAAGGAAUCGUUGCUUGCGAUGUAGACCCGUUGACAGUGGGAGUUGACCAGACCCGUUAUUUCAAUCUAAACGUUGAUGAACUUGCAGACGCCGUAUCAGUUAUCUAUAACCCAUCUGUAGCCAACAGUCGCCUGAAGGAGUUUGUUCUGCAACGGGAGUCAUACGUCAAGGGUCCCGCUCGUUCUCACCUUCCAAUAUGGUUGGACGCGAGGGCAACACCGACUGCUACUUCGUCUGGCGAGAGUUGCGACGAACAUUGUCUAUGGAGUGGCCUUCACUACGCGACGCUUCUAGGAGACGCUGCCCGCAAUGGAUUCAACACAGUUUUCAAAGAACUAUCGCGCCAAGAAGUUAAAUCGUACAGUUUGGCAUAUCUCAUCGCUCUGCUGCACAAGUCGACGGUUGGAACAAAAGUAUUCGAAGUGCCUCAAAUCACUGAGCAUGACGUUCAAAUCUACGCGUACUGCAGCCGCGUCGGAAACGGCUCUCUCACCCUCAUGGCCGUCAACCACCACUCAGAGGACUUCGAAUUCGACAUCAAGCUAACAUCGAAGCAGCACUCCGCGGAAGUUCUUCAAUACGUGGUAACCGUUGUCGACGGACGAAUUCUACUAAACGACGAGGCUUUCGACUUCAAAGCUCACUUGGAACCUUCCGCCAAGGUUCGACCGAUACUCAAAGGGCUACAGUUGAACAUCCCAUCGCUAGCAAUCGCCUUCUGGGUUGUCCCAAAUCUGAACUUGCGGGAGUGCUUUGACGAUUACCAAGACCUCCGAACGAAGGUGUCGCGAAGCGUUACAGUGGUGGAAAAUUCGGUGGAUCAAUUGCUGCAGGAGUUGAUUGCGGAACGCGCAGGACAGCAGGACAUCACCCAGAUGCACCGCCGUAAGCGAUCGGUGGAUGUAGAACCAGUGAUGGAGGAUGAUGCAAGGCAGCUUCAGGACGCCAAGCCAAAGCGCGGACUGAAAGCGAAAGUAAAACGGGAACCAAGGCAAACCUUGAACUAUCGGUUGAAGGAGCGCUCGACACGGAUGAAGGAGAAACGGGCGGAGCGUAGACAGCUCAAGCAACAGCGACGGCCACUGAGGGAGCGAGGCAAACGGCAGUCUCGGAAGCGUCAACGAUGUGCCAAUCCUUCGAAGCUCAACGCAAAGAAGAAGACGAAGCGUUCGUCGCUGGCAGAGGCAGUGAACCACCCUCCCGUGUUUGGCGAAAGCUACGAAGAGCAGGUAAACCGAUCAAGCUUUCCUCAAGGAGACGUUCAUCUGGUGAUUUCCAAGGGGAAAGAAGAGGAGGAACUAUCGAUCGAAGAAGCACCAAUCAGACAAAGUCGGAAAAAGUAUCGCAAGAAGAAAACUUCAAAGGGGAUGUCAUCUUCGGAAAAGGAUUUGAGAUUCGUCGUGCCGGAGGUCGCGUAUAUACGAGAUCAGCCAAUGCCACGGCCAGAGUUGGAAGUGGCGGAGUCCGUUCACCGACAAAUACUACUGAACGAUCCGGAAGAAGCGACCAAGCAGCCAAAAGUUUACUCAAUCAAUCGAGAGCUUAUGGAGGUGAGUGAGAUACAAGAAGCCAUCAAAACUGGCGUUCCGAUAGUGAAACGACAGGAUGGAGAAUCGGAUGGCAGUAGCUUGCGUGACGAAACUGAAGGAGAGGAAGGAGAGGAAGGGGUGGAAGGAGAUGAAGGACAGGUGGAGUACGACGAACAAGCCACGGAUGAUGGAGAAGGUGGUGUAGAGGAGGAAGAGAAUCCCGAAGAAAGCAACGAAAGUUUACCAGAUCAUUCGUUGGGAGCAUCGCCGGAACUGGGUCAAUCGUUGGGAUUGUCCGACGAGGACAUGAGCGAAGAUUCGUCGGAAGCUUACGUUGAGCAGAUGUAUCGUCGUCGCCGUCGGAAACGUUCUGUAGAGCUGGAAUCGGCGCAUGAAGAAGCCUUCCUACUUCCUUCAGUGAACAGUACAAACUUGGAGCAAAAGUUUGUCGAAGUAUUUAACCAGCUAAUGAAGUCGUUCAACUUUGGAGGGGCCUCCAAGGAAAAUACGGCUCAGGAGGAGCAAGGACAGCAACGAUCGAAGCGUAACGCCCUGUUACAUCCACGAUCGUGGGAGUCCCGAGAGCGUACCAAUGCGCUGCAUCAACAGCGAACAUCCACAGAGUCACGCGAGAACAUGAUUUCCACCGAGCAGAUGAGGGAAGUUCAGCAGAUUCGCGAUGAGUUGGCAGCUAGUAGGGUUGACGAACGAAGUACAACCGAAGUUAGCGAAAGGAAUACGACGACUUCGAGUCAGGAGGAAUCUGAUCGACCCGGAUUACUGAUGAUGCGAACCGUGUCUCAGCUCGUCAAAAGUGUGUCUACCGAGAUAAGUCGCGUUCUUUCGAUGUUUACGUCGAAGAACAAAAAGCAGAAGGAUAUUUAGGGUAGAUGUGAUUAGACUAAGUACAUGUGUUGCGUAAGUAGUAAAUAAAUCG